GGACACUCAGUCUCCCACAGCUUGGUUUGUUAGCAGGGUGGGGCCAAAGAACCUUCAGUGGAUGACUUCUUUUGAGGGAUGCUGAAGUAAGUUGCGUGUACCUCUCUAGACAAGUGGGGUGUUUCUUCUGCGGAGAAAAUUAAUGCACAGACACAGAUUGAGAUUCGUAUUUUUUUCUCAAACUACAAGCUCAGACUAUCUAGGACUUCCUCUGUAUUAAGUGUCAUGCUUGAAGAUCAUGAAUGAAGAUCAGACUACCAAGUUAGGGAGCAGUUUCACUGGUCUAUGCAAUUAUGUUGAGCAGACCAUAAUAUUGCCACUAAAAGCUGUUUUAGGACCACAAGCAACUGCUGGCAUGGCUGAAAAGUAGCAUUAUUGAUUACAUAGUCUAAAUUUAAUUCAUUUUAAACUGCAUUUGGCUGAUAAUGGGCCCAACUACCAACUACCUCUUUACAAGAAGCCAUGGGGCCUACUAUAUAGCUUUGCACAAUUAACUUACAAAUAUUGCAAAUAGCAAUAAUAUAAGCUCAGUUAACAUUUGGCUUAAGUCGAAUUUCAAAUCUCACAAAGAGCCCAACAAACGAACUUGCAAUGUUGAAUUAUAGCCUACUGCUAGCAAGCAACCAUAGCAUGUGUUGGCAUGAAUCUAGUUAUAGCAAAAAUAGCAAACUUACCAUUAGUACGUCACUAGGUUACUACAAUAUUUUGUCAAUUAGCUCGUGGUGCUUGGGUGCGCAGAGCUUGCAGCGCAUUCGAAAGGACUUGUUUUUGCAUCCAACCACUUCGGAAAAUUCAUCCAGGCACGGCCAGGGAUGUACAAGGGUUGGUUGGUCUUCCUGGCUACCAAUCUCCUCGCUGGUGCUUAGUUGGGACACUCCGCUCGAAUUCUCUUGAGUCUCUGCCACGGACAUCUUUAUACUAAGCCACAUACGUCUGCUACGUCCUCGCUGGAGUGUGACGUGACGUGUGCAGGUGCGAUGGAUCACGUACAAACCAAUAGGGUGUCGGAAUAUUAUAUGUUUAUACUUCUCAUCCAACCACAAUCAAAUUCACUCUAUCCGGAUGGCGCGAUUAGUCAGGAUAGGGGUUUUUUAAACGAUGACACGCCGGAAUGAAAACAAGUCGAAAUGAAACAGCAGUAACGAGGCUUUUUUUAAAAUGUAAGGAGUAGAAGUAAAAAGUCAUCUAAACAAUAAUUACUCCAGUAAAGUAUAAAUAACCAAAAUUUCUACUUAAGUAAGGUAAUGAAGUAUUUGUACUUCGUUACUUGACACCUCUGAGUUUUGUACAGUAUUCUGUGUAUUUUAGAGACUGUCUGUUUUCAAUGAGUUCUCUCUGUCCUAUAAUAUUUAAAAGUGUUAUUCCGUUACUAAACAGUCAGCCUACAUGAACUUAUCUGUCUUCCUUGCUUUUUGUUACUGAAGCUGUGGACUAAACUUGAGUAAGGCAGGAAAAGGUCCAAUCCCUUUUCUUGUUUUAGCCCUACACCUUGUGUGUCACCUUGCCCCUUGGAACUGAGUUAUGAUAUGAAAUGGGACAACCCUCAAAUAAAGACGAACAUUACUUCAUUAACUGGCUAUUAGGCGCCUGUAGUUCUGUAGGCGACCCUGCAGGUCUGCAGUGAUGGUGUGAGAGGUCAAAAUGAAUGAAGAUGUAAAGCUGUUUAAUUCUGGGAACCUGAUCUAGAGCAAUACUAGUAUUUCCUGACCUGCAGUACCUGACAUCGCCUAAAGGUGGAGUAGUGAACUAUAAAUAGAGCAAGCAACUCUCUCCCUCUUUAUUCAUUAAAUGUGUUAAAAGAGCUUGCGUUGCUGAACCUGAAUGAGCCGGAAUAGAUAAUCUCUUUGCUGUCCUGCAAACAAACUGAGAAGUUCUCAGGGAGGUUCAGACCAGAGUGAAAAGAUGAGCCUCAUGCUGACUGCUAAGAACCACUCCAUUCCACUAAGUGAUGGCAACAGGAUACCCAUCAUAGGACUCGGGACAUAUGGGGAUCCACAGACAACUCCUAAAGGUACAGCACGAGAGUGUGUAAAGCUGGCAAUAGAUGUUGGCUACAGGCAUUUUGAUGGAGCGUUGAUGUAUUAUAAUGAGCAUGAAGUUGGGCAGGCCAUUCGGGAGAAGAUUACAGAUGGAACUGUUAGAAGAGAGGACAUCUUUUAUUGUGGAAAGUUGUGGAGCACCUUCCACCCACCUGAGCUGGUUAGACUUGCACUAGAGAGAACACUGAAGACUUUACAGCUGGAUUAUGUUGAUCUGUACAUUAUUGAGCUUCCCAUGGCCUUUAAGCCAGGUGAUGAAUUCUUCCCUAAAGAUAAAAAUGGUAAAUGCAUCUACCAUGAGACAGACCUGUGUGCUACAUGGGAGGCAUUAGAGGCUUGUAAAGAUGCAGGCCUGACAAAGUCACUUGGGGUUUCAAACUUCAACCAAAGACAGCUGGAGCUGAUUUUGAACAAAUCUGGACUCAAACAUAGACCUGUUUCCAACCAAGUUGAGUGCCAUCCCUACUUUACUCAGCCCAAGCUUCUGGAGUUCUGUCGGCAAAAUGACAUUGUCGUUGUGGGCUACAGCCCUCUUGGAACCUCUCGAGAUGCUUCCUGGGUUAACUUGAAAUGCCCCCCACUGUUGGAAGAUGAGGUGUUAGUCUCCAUUGGGAAGAAGUACAACAAGAGUCCAGCGCAGGUAGCCCUGAGGUUCAACAUUCAGAGAGGAGUGGUUGUUAUCCCAAAGAGCUUCAACCCUCAACGGAUCACAAAAAAUUUCCAGAUAUUUGAUUUUUCUCUCACUGAUGAUGAAAUGAAACUCAUGGAAGGACUGAAUAAAAAUAUUCGCUUUGUGGAGCUCCUCAUGUGGAGUGACCAUCCCGAGUACCCAUUCCAUGAUGAUUAUUAAGCCUUUAUAAGACGACCAGCUUAUUUGAUGUCUGCUUAAAGGUGUAUGGUGUUCAUACAUUCAUACCCAUUAAAUUGUAAUUGGCCAAUAGGGGGCAUUAUCUUACCGUUCAUGGUGUAAUGUAAAAUAUUGUAAAGUUGCCUCUUUAAACUAAUGUAAAACACUGGAGUAAAGAGCAUAAAGGCAUAAAGAGCCAGAGGACAGAUAAAAAGUUCUGAAAAUCUCAUUCAGUUCCUUUACAUUUUUAACUUCACAUUUGACAUUUACUUCAUUUACUCAUUAACAUUUGCUGUGUAUUCUGUAUAUUUGAGACUCAGUUUUCAGUGAGUUCAUCUCCAUGAACUCUGUCCUUUAAUAUUUAAAGGUGUUAUUCUGUUACAAAAGUCAGCCAACCUGGAAUUGUCUUCCUUGCUUUUUGUAAUAGAAUGCAUUUGCGCUGUUUUUGCUGUGUUUGUGUUGCUAUAUAUUGUGGUGUCAGGGGAAUAUAUAAUAUUUGUACUUCUUAGCAGGUUGGAUAGGUUGAGUUGGGUAGGUUCUGGGACUGAGAGUUUCUGUCACCCAAGUUUGUGUUCUGAGUAAUAACCUUAGGUGGGACUAGGACAGACAAGUUAUAGGUUCAUAAUGCAUAUUUCUGUCUUGAAAAUAAGAGCAGUUUUCCUCUCUUGUACACUGGCUGUUGCGUCAAAAUAAAGCUGCGUUAUGAGCAUGAA